UUAUCAAAUGCUGGCAUAUAAGUAUCAUAACAAAAUUUGUAUUUAAAUGAAUUAAACUAAAAGCUUUCACAAUGAAUUUAGGUGGUACAUUAAGAAUUAAUAAAUUCGCUUGUUUAAUAUUAGGUUUUAUAUUAUUUCUAAUAAUUUAUUGGCGGUCCGGCGGUGCCACUGUGACUGACAAAAGUGAUUUAGUGAAUUUAAAACAUUUGUUAAAAGCUGGUAUUUUUGCGGCAGAGCGUGGUGGUAAGAGAGUUGUGAGUCAAAAGAAUGGCGAAUUAAACGUUCAGAGUAAAGGGAAGACGCAGGAAGGCGCGAACGAUCCUGUGACGGACGCGGAUUUAGCUUCGCACUGUGCGAUGUAUUACAGUUUGAAGAAUACAUUUCCUAAGUUGUCUAUAGUGUCGGAGGAGCAUACGGGAGCGGCUGGCUGCAGUGACCAGGAGGCCAUAGACUUGGAGAGUACGCCGGCUGGGCAUGGUGUGAUAGAUUACAUGUUUGAUGAACUUGUUUACAUUAAGGAUGUGACUGUUUGGAUCGAUCCGUUGGAUGCCACGCAGGAGUAUACAGAGGGUCUGUACCAGUAUGUGACCACCAUGAUGUGUGUGGCCAUUAAAGGAGUGCCAGUUAUUGGAGUCAUCCAUUAUCCAUUUACACCGCGCACCUACUGGGGAUGGUACACCAAGCGGACAUCGGACAAUAUACCCAGUGUGACUCAUAAGGAAGAAAACAAGAACCAGCCCACAGUGGUGGUGUCUCGCUCGCACCCGGGCAAAGUGACGGAGACGGCGAAAGAGGCUUUUGGCGAUAAAACCACUGUCAUACCGGCAGCCGGUGCCGGGUACAAAGUAAUGACUGUUGUUAAUGGCACCUACGACAUCUACCUCCACACCUCCGUCAUCAAGAAAUGGGAUCUCUGCGCCGGCGACGCCAUCAUCAAAUCCGUGGACGGUAAAAUGACCACCACCAAAGGCGACGCCAUUGACUAUUCACCUAACGAGGUGAAAGUGACAGACGGGGUUUUAGUAACCAGGUACGAUCAUGAAUAUUAUUUGGGUAAGUUGCCAGUUAUAGCCCCUUGAGUGCCAAAGGGUUUUUAGAUUGAUAGGGAUACUAGAAGUAAAUUUUUGACCUAAUAUUUUAUGAGACUUAAUGCAUUAUUUCCUUUUCUUGGGUCAGUCAAAUUGAACCGAACCUCCAAUAAACAUUUAUUUAUGUGGCGAACUUAAUGUCAGAAGGCAUUUUUUACUAGUCUAUCCUCAGGUCGAACAGUUUAGCAACAUAUUACUCGUAAAUGAUUAAUUAUUAUGAUAUCAUCAAAUCUUUUUAUUUUAUUAAUAUUGUGUUUAAUGAUAAUGAACCUCCAGGUCUAUUUGUAUCAUUUCUCAGUUUUGUACAUUGUGUACAACAUAUGCAUUUAUUUAUGUAUUAUGAAAUUUGUGUUCUAAAAAAAAUCUUUCGACGGGGGUUUUAGCGCCUUGAGUGCCAAAGUUUUAGAUUGCUGAAGGACUAAUGAAGAUUAGAACCAAAUUUUGGACUUUUUUUAUUAGACCUAAUGCGUUUCUCUUUAAACGAACGUUAUUUUUAUCCGGAUUUGUGUCGAUAUUACGACGUUAACCGCUUACUAUCAGGCGAGGUGUAUACUUGUUUGCGGCGGCGGCCGUCACGGUAUUAAUAAUAACAUUAAGACCUCUAAAGUUGCAAAGUGCCCAUACACUGUGACGUCCAUUUAUCAGGUUUUUUCUUUGCCACCGUCCGCUGUAUUAAUUUAACAGGUAAAAUGCAUUAAGUCUAAGACAUCGGUUACACGCUAAUUCUGGCGUUAGUUCAGUCCAUCAGUCCAUUCGAGUUUUGACUGAUGCCAGAAUGAUGGAAAAUGGACACGGUUACACGAUCAGUCCUGAUAAAAUUACGACACAGUCGCCGUUUGGACACAGAACGCAACACAGUCAUUUAGUCUUGUCUAAUAUGGUGACUGACGCGAGAAUGACACAAACAGGUUACACGAUCAGUCUCCUAUCAGUUUUCUGUCAUUCAAAAUGGACUGACGAAUAUUAUCUAAAAAUUUAAAUUUUCAUCAGUCCAGACCAUCAGUCCAUCAGUCCGCGUGUUACACGAUAAUUCUCCCGUCAGUCUGACCAGACUGAUGGACUGAACUGACGCCAGAAUUAGCGUGUAACCGAUGUCUAAUGAUAUUCGGUCAACGCAAGUUCCACUUCGCUCUUAACUUGCUAUUUUGACAAAAACUGUAAUGUAUUGUAUGAUCAUGUUGGAAAUGUGAAUUGGUUGUAUUUUUAUAAAAUUGUGGAUCAGGCAGGGGUGGCAUUUUAAAAAAUAAAAUAUAUCUUCUGCUUAAGGCCCUAUGUGCAUUACAAUGUACAAUCCGUUUCAAUGUAAAACCUUUCUUAAAACAAAGUAUUUAGAAUUUCUUUUGUUUAAUUUUUUUUGGAACAAUUUUAAUUCCAAUUAACAUAAAAAAGUACAUGGACCUUAUUAGACUACAAUUAAGUUACCUAAUUUUUAUUUUUUUGUUGUAAAUGUUGUAAAUGAAACCCAAUUUUUAUUUAUGUUGUUUUAUAAUUGUAUACAUUGUUAUAAAAUUUAUUUAUUUUUAUCUUUACUAUGAUGUAAAUAACGAGUGUCAAAUUCCGAAAUUGAAGGUGUCAUAGUCUUAUAAAUACAUAGGUACAGUAGACGUUAAUGAUAUGUUUACAUUUUUCACCUUAUAACCUUGUACUUAAGGUGCAAAAGUGUAAACAUGAGUAUUUUGAAAACGGUAGUUUAAUAAUUACUUUGCUCUGACCAUAAAACUCAAUUAAAUAUGUAUUGCAAACAAUAUACUCAAGAAAACGGGUCAUAUAUAAACUUAUUUCGUUGCCUUUGAGUGUAUUUUCAGAAUGAUUGAAUGGCGGCCUUGCAUUUUGAUAAAAAGACAAUGAUUGAAUGGCGGCCUUGCAUUUUGAUAAAUUAAAAUCUAUCGCUAAAUUAUUUUGUUACCUUACUUUAUUUCCAACGUUAUAAAUAUGUGCCAAAACGCGAAAGUUUGUCAAUGUUAUAUUACGUGUGUAACUCUUCGGAAGGCUCACCAAUGUAAUGCAAUAAUAGAUUAUAGAUUGGUGUGAUUAAUUCUGUAAUAAACUAACAGCAACGCUAUAUAGUUUUAAAAUGACUUUUUUUUCGGUAUUUUUCAUUUUCAUUUCAGUUAUUUUUCAGCAUACCUAUAUAGAUUGGAUUACAUAACAUAAUUGUAUUUAUAAAGUGAACUUUAUGUUGUUUGCAAUAAGGUUUACUUUCGCUGGCCAGAUAAUAUUUGUAAAUAACUUUUCAUUUUUAACUAACGGCUGAAACUAUUAUUUGUAAUGCAUUUAUUGGGGUAGCGUGAUCUGACCUAAAACUAUUCCUUGUAAUGUACUUAUUUGGUAGCAUAUUACUAAGACUUUUUCUAAUAAUAACUCUGUCAAUUAAAAUAGUAUUUUCAUAAAAUAAAUGAAUGCAACAACAUGUAGAUUGUAGAAUAUUAGGACUCUCUUGUAUGUAUGUCGCUGUGAAAAAAUAUGUCAAAAUCGAAUAUAUGUGACGUUAUCAAUAAAAAGGGACCUUAUUGUCGAUGGCGCUUACGUCAUUAUUAACGAUGCUCCGAUAUAAAUACAACACCGCGCAACGCUGUGCGGCGUAAGCGCCAUCGACAAUAAGGUCCCUAUUCAUAGAUAAUGCCCCAUAUAUUCGACUUAACCCUACGGCAUAAGAGUGUCAAAAAUUACCUAUGCAAAAUUGAACCCUAUCACUUUGACACAAAGUUCAAAAUCAGGUGGGUGGUAACCAAAAUUGGUUGUGUUAAAAUUUUAGACGUAGGUACCUACGUACAAUUUAAAAACCUAAAACUGCACAUACUGUAACAGUAUACACGGUUUAUCUUAAGCCUUAGUUUGCUGCGGCUAUUAGUGUAGGUAAUAUUCGUAAUUACAUAUUUUACAUCGCGUCUUUCGACCCAGUGAGCGUGUUUAAUUAGCCUGUAUAAUUAAUUAGUGAUUACUUUCCACGAUGUAAUUUUAUACCCUUUUCUAUUGUUAUUGUUUGUGAACGAAAUCAUUACUUGUUAAUAGUUUAGCGUAAGACUUAAGUAAAUUAUUC